GAAAUGUAGCGAGCCUACGAACUGGAUAUCUGUGGCUUACGCUGAAGCUUUUAAAGCGCUGGAUAUUUAUUCAUCAACACAGUUAGCGUAUGCGAUGAGCUCAUGAGCACUGCAGGACGCUGUUAUCGCUCGUCCGGCUGUCAGUUGGGUUCCGCGGAUCCUGAAGCUCUGUCUCCUACUCCGCUCGCAUAGUCGCCUUGAAACUUGUUGCAUUUUGCAUAUGAAUAGCUGUAUGGUUUGAUGUAAGUGUCUGCGGUCUUGUGCAAGACGCGAGUCACGCGACUGACUGGGGCGGGCGGCAAACAAACUCGACACCUCAGUCCAGUUAUUGGCGACGCGGCCCGCGAUGGUCAAUUGUGAAUUGAUGUGAAGAGUUGCGAGCACCGAUGGUGUUUAUCCUAUUCUUAUGGGUGCUCACGUAACAGUUAUUGACCGACAUUUGACGACCGCUACACCGACUGCGUCGUCCUUAAGCUAGCGCACAAGCACUGCCGAAAGGCCGCAGACCGCUUACAUAGCAUUCGUCUUACAGCUAGUAUACAGACGGCUCUGUUCGCGUGCUCUACCACGCGCGCAGCGGAAGAUAUACAGGCGCAAGGCCUUCCUUUUCUGCGUUGAGCCGGUUCUGUAGCUCACGAUACUCAGAUGUCUUGCAUUCAUUACAUUGAUUGAUUGCAUCAUUGUUGCAAAGCUGGGUGGCGUCGAUUCGCUAUGGGCCACUGCAGCAUGAAUGGAAUGUGCGGGCGCACAGUCCUUGGGCCCAUCGGCCUCACAUUACUAGCUAUUUCAGUCAAUGUGGUUCUGGGCUCCCAGGUGCAACUGGCAGCUGGCGGGGGCCCCAGGCGCUCCGCUCUGAGCUCCGGCACCGCCUGCUCCGCCGACGGCCAGUGCGGCUCAAAACAGUUCUGCCUGCGACCCGGCCUGGACUCGGGCGCAGUGGGGUCUUGCAGCUCCUGCUGGCGCUGCUGCCUGUUCCCCGGGGUGUACGGCGCCUGCCCCGACAGCUGCGGCUGCGUGGAGGGGGCGCUGUGCGAGGCGCGGGACGGCUGCAGUGCGGGCAUGUUCUGCUCCCUGGCGGACCCCUGGAACCUGCCCAAUUGCCAGCGCUGCGACACCUGCACCAGCAACGCCUACGAGCUGCGCGGCUCCUGCUCCGUGCCCUGCGCCUCGGGCGACAUGGGCGGCCUGGCUGCGCUGCCGCACCUGACGCCGCAGCAGUACCUGUUCCUGUCCUUCCUGGCCAAUGAAGUCAGCCAGCAGGGCGCCUACGUGCCCACACUGCUGCUGCGGGACGAGCUGGGCUCCUGGCUGCAGGGCCAGGGAGUCGGCGGGGAGCAGGCCAACCAGACCGUCUUUCGCAUGUUGGGGCCAGUGGGUGACAGCAACGGAUUCAUCACCGCACAGGACUGGAUGGAGGCAGUGACUGCCAGCACCUCCCUGGCGCUGCUGUGCCCCGCCUACGACCCCAGCCUCGACGUCGCCAACCAGACCCGCCUGGUGUCCGAGGGCUGCUUCUGCAGCGCCAGCGCCACCGCCGCUACCUUCCUGUGCCCCGCCGGCCAGCGCUGCAGCCGCGCCGCCUACAGCGGCCUGGAGACCGACAUGCUGCGGGCGCCCACCGGCCAGCUGCUGCAGGCCGUGUGUGUGCCCUGCAUGGCGGGACAGUACUGCGGCGAAGGAACAUACCUGGCGGAUGAGUCAGACCUCAGCAGCCUGGACUGCCCCUCCGGCUACUACUGCCCCAGCCCCGGCGUCAAGCGCGAAUGCCCGGCCGGUGCCUUCUGCACGGAGCGCUCCACAUCCGCCAUCACCUGCAACUACGAGAAGCUGCUCAUCACUGACCCCUACAAACGCCUGCCUCUGGAGCCGGAGACGGUCGUCACGCGCCUGCGCGACAAGCGCGACCCGCUCCGCGGCAACUACUGCCCCGCGCAGUCUACCAAGCCCUACGAGGUCUGCGCCGCCGGUUACUACUGCCCCAAUAGUAGCGUGCAGAUCAUCUGCCCCAAGGGCCACUUCUGCAAGGCGCAGUCCACCGUGCCCUGGCCCUGCACCUACCUCACCAGCUGCCCCGAGGGCACGCACGUGCCCUCCCUGUCGUGGAUGGCGCUCGUGAUCGCAGGCAUUGUGCUGCUGGGCAUCCCGCUCAUCUACUUCUCUCUGACGCAGCUGGAUAAGAGUGUGUUGGUGGAGGCAGACGACGAGGCGGAGAAGGAGCGCGACCUGCACCGCUCAGCCGCCGCCAAUCGCAUGACCUUCCGAUUGCUCAAGUCCAUGAAGCUGAGCGGCAAUCCGCUGGAGGACAAGUACCGCGGCUUCGGCACCGUGUCGCCGCCCAUUAACAUGGAGUUCGACCAGCUGGGGCUGCAGAUCAGGCCGCGCGGCGGUCAUGGCGAGGUCAAGAAGGUGUUGUCGGGUGUGUCGGGUGCCUUCGCGCCACGGCGCAUGAACGCCAUCCUGGGGCCCUCCGGCUGCGGCAAGACCACCUUCCUCAACGUGCUGUGCGGCAAGAUCACCACUGGCACGCUGAUGGGUCAGGUCAAGAUCAACGGCGACGUCAUGCCGGUGACCCGCCUGCGCAAGAUCAUGGGCUUCGUGCCGCAGGACGACAUCGUGCAUGAGGACCUGACGGUGCGCGAGAACCUCAACUACAGCGCGCGCAUGCGUCUGGCAACAGACAUGGACACGCAGCGGCGCAAGCACGUGGUGCGAGACGCCCUGGAGAUGCUGGGCCUCACAGCCAUUCAGCAUUACAGGGUGGGCACGGUGGAGAAGCGCGGCAUCAGCGGCGGCCAGCGCAAGCGUGUCAACAUCGGGCUGGAGCUGGUGGCCAUGCCCAGCCUGCUGUUCCUGGACGAGCCCACCAGCGGCCUGGACGCCACCAGCUCCGCCGACAUCCUGGGCAGCCUGGUGGACAUGGCCGGUCUGGGCAUGAACAUCAUCAUGGUCAUCCACCAGCCUCGGUUCAACAGCUUCUGCAUGUUCGACCAGGUGCUGUUGCUGGGCACGGGCGGCCGCACGGUAUACCAGGGCUCGCCCUAUGCGGCUGUGCUGUACUUUGACAAACACCUGGGCUUCAAGUUCCCGGACCGCGAGAACCCGUCGGACAUCCUCAUGGACAUCAUCGCGGGCAAGGUGCACAACGAAAAUGACCCCAAGCUGAAGAACUGCAACAUGCUUGUGGAGGCCUGGGCCAACAGCGGCGCUGCCUGGGUGGAGCUGACGGAGCAGCUCAACCCAACCAUGGUGUUCAAGAUGAGCGAGAUUGACCCCGAGGUCAUCGAGGACUGGAGCCAGCAGUUUGAUGAGGUGGACGAGGAGCAGCGCGGCACCCUGACGGCCAGCCAGCUGGUGACGCUGUUCAGCGACAUGGGUCAGGACCUGGCGCUGGAGGACGCCAUCGUGCUCAUCAAGAAGGUCAACAGCCGCCGCCCCGCCUCCGCCGCGGCCAAGAGCCACGCCAGCUCCAUGACCAGCGCGGUGGACUCAGCCGUGGAGGACCUCGACAGCCUGGUCAUCUCCAAGGAUCAGCUGCUGGAUGCACUGCAGGGGGUGAGGGAGCAGCAUGUGCAGGAGGACCGAGGCAUGGGCGGCGGCGCGGGCGGCGGCGCGGGCGACGGCAAGCGCAACGCCGCCGCCAAGUUCUACGCCAGCCAGUUCGUGUUGCCUGACCUGCCCGAGGUGCAGGCCUACAGGCAAGAGCUGGAUCGCCAGCGCAAGAACGAUGCCGGCGCCGGCGCUAGCGGCCGCCCAGACAGCGCCUCCAGCGGCGAGGGCGACGGCGAGCGCCGCAGCGGCGGCCGCAGCACCUACCACGACCCCUACGCCGGAUUCGGCGGCGCGAACGGGUUCGGCACGCUGCGCAUCACAGGCGCGGAGACCAUGCUACUGCCGACGGCGUCCGCGGGUGGCAGUAGCGUCGCGCCGUCACGCGCGCCCCGCCACGAUGACGAAAACAUCGACAGCGACAGCUACAGCCCCGUCCACGCACCCGCCAGCCCCCAGCUGGCCAUGGCGGCUGCAGUGGCGGCUGCCAAUGCCGCGACUGCUGCCGCUGCCAACGGCGGCGGAGCCGGCAGUUACACGACCGACGGUGAGGCGGCGCAGGCCGCGGUGCCGGUGGCAGAGAGCCUGGCCCAGCGCAACCGGCUGUCUCCUGGGGCCAAGGGCGCGCGUGGCGUCACCGUCGACGGCGGCAAUCUGACGGUUCGGGCCCGUGCUCUGCCACCCGGCAUGACCGGUCUGAACGGCAGCGGCACGUCGGCGGUGCUGCGCGCCGCGGCCACCGCUACCGCCACUGUGUCCGACCAGGAGGCCGACGCGGCUGUGGGCGCCGACAUGCUGUCAAGCCUGGCGAAGCGCCGGCAGCAGCUGAAGCGGCAGAUGCACGCAGAGAUCCGCGCCGCGGGCGACGACUCGGAAGACGAGGAGGAGGAUUGGGAGGGGUACGAGCAUGAUGGGCAGCGCAGCACGUGGCCUGCGGCCCAGCAGCAGCGCGGGCCGGUGGUGGGCCGGGGCCUGGCGGCACGCAACCUGGCGGCGAUGGAGGCACUGGCCAAAGCGGAUGUGCCGCUGCCAUCGUUGCCGCGCCGCCUGGAGCCGGCGAGUGGCGCCGCACGCGGCGGCAUCGCCAGCCGCUCUGACCGCCGUAGCACUGCCUACACGGCCCUGUCGGCGUACGUGGGUGCCUACAACGAGCUGGCGGAGCAGGAGCUGGCGGCCGCGGCGGCAGUUGAUCCGCGCCAGAGCCAGGGCCGCGCCAGUGCUGGGCUGCUAGGGGUGUCGUCGCUGGCAAGCCGCGCGAUGGCGGCGGCACGGCGCGCCAGCGCCAAGGUGGUGGCACUGAACGGCACCACCGCCACCGUUGCGGCGGAGGGUGACGUAUGGACCGGUGGCGUGGUGUCGGCGGCGGCAGCCGCCGCCGCGCCGGGCACUAGCGCGCAGCGGUUGUCUGUGGUGACGCCUGCGGCGCUGUGUCCGCUGGGCGCGGAGGGCACGGUAGAGGACGUUGAGAGGGUCGGUGGCGGCUAUGUUGAUGACGACGUCGACGACAACGGCCCCGCGCCUAGCGCCUCGGCGGUGCUUGCACUGCCGCCGCUGCUGCAGCAGCUGGCGUCGGCACCGCUCACGUCGGUGCUGCGCGGUCCGGUCGCGGAGGCCACUGAGGAAUCGCCUACGAAGGCGGCCGCAGAGCUUGCCGCCAGCAUGCGCAGCGGCAGCAGCAGCGGCGGCGCAGGCACUGCCUCGGCGCUGCAGCUGGCGCCGGGCGCGCCGCCGCCGCCAUGGCUGCAGCGGCGUCUGCAGGCCAAUGGCGGCGCCGUGCUCAAGGGCCGCUCACCUUUGGCACCUGCCACCCUGGGCGCCGAGGCCUCGCCGCGCGACGGCAGCGACACAGAGGUCAGUGGCCACCUGGGCCCCGCCCCCGCCUCCGGACACGAGAGCGACAGCAACACCGGCGGCACCGGCACCGGCACGGCGGCGGCCGGCGGCCGGACACGUGUGUCGUACAACGGACUCGCUAGCGGCGGGCCGCACAUCCGUACAACGCGUUUGGCUGUGACGACAAGCGCCGCCUCGGUCACCAGUCCCAGCCACCGCGCGCCGUCGGACGCCGGCAACGCCCUCCAGCUGCCGGCGCUGGGCACGGACGUGUCUGCGGGCACAGCCACCACCGUGCAUCUGGGCGGAGAGAACACUGACACACACAUCGCGGGCGGCGGCGAGUCAGAGAAUGAGCCCACCAGCGGCGGCGGCGGCGCAGGGUUCAAGCCGGCGCAUGCCGCCGGCUCCGGCGGCAGCCCCGGCCACUCCAGCUAUGACAACACGCCCAUGGCCGCGCAGCGCGCCGCCAGUGAAGCCGCGCUGUUGGGCCGCGCCAGCAACGGCGGCAGCAACGCCGCCCUCAGCCGCUUCGCUGACUCCACCCGCCUUGAGGCCGACGGUCACAUCCUGGACCACGCCUACACCACAGGCGAGGUCGGCAGCGCCAACGGCAUUGCCGACCAGCCGCGCCGCGGUGGCGGUCGCCAGCGCCGCGCCUCCGUCGGCGCGAUGCCGGGCGGCGCGCGCAAGCAGCGGCGUCAGAGCUGGCUGCAGGCGUCAUUCAGCAGCAGCCAGGGAGGCGCCGCCGAUAGCGGCAACGGCACGCCUGGCGGUGCCAACGGCCGCAAGGGGCCUAAGAAGGACACGCUGUACGUCAACAGCCUGCUGUCCAAUGCGCUGGUGGGCGCCUGGGCCGCCACGCAAUCCGUCACCGCCGGGCGCAUGAACCAGUCAGUGGCGCGGCUGCUGCGCCCGCAGCUCGAGGGCGCCGCGCCGUCCAUGAGCGCAGGAGGACACGCCGCCAGCGGCACCGCGACGCCGUCGCGUCACGGCGCCGCCAGCAAUGGUGGCGCGAACCCCAACGCCGUCGGCGGCGGGCGCACCGGCAGUGUCCUGGGUGCCCUGUUUGGCGGCGUGCACCGCUCGCAGCAGUCGACCACGGGCGUCGCGCACGGGUUCGAGGUGGGCUCCAAGGCUCCCAGCUCCACGGGCGGCGUGGGUCUGAACCAGGCGCUGCAGGCGCGCCUGGACAUGGAGGAGGCGCUGGCGUCGCGCAAGAGCCAGGGCUUCUUCGCGCAGCUGCUGCUCCUGCUGCGGCGCGGGGCCAUCAAGUACGUGCGCAGCUUCUGGCCCAUGCGUGUGGUGGACACCAUACUGCAGCUGGCGGCGGCGUUCAUCAUCGGCCUCGUGCAUGGCACCAAGUGGGGCCUGACGUCGGUGCCCUCCAACGCGGUCAUGUGCAUGGUGUGCCUGGGCGUGCUGUCCUGCGUCACGCACCUGCGCACCUUCAGCCAGAGCCGCGUGCUGCUGUGGCGUGAGGCAGCCAGUGGCAUGAGUGUGCUGGCAUACUACCUCAGCCAGAACAUCAUUGACCAGAUCUGGGUGUUCGCCGCGCCCGCGCUCAGCCUGGGCGUGUACUACUACCUCACCCUGCCGCGCAUGCCCUUCUCCGAGUUCUACGUCGUCGGCCUCUUUGUGUGCUGGUGGGCCAGCGGCAUGGCAUACCUGGUGUCGGCAGUGCUGCCGCCGCAGAACGUGUUGAUGGCGGGCGUGUUCAUCUCCCUCAUCUUCGGCGCCUUCCUGCACGGCCUGUCGCCCACCGUGGCGUCUGCUCGCGGCACGCUGUUGGAGGGCGUGUUGGGUCUGAGCUACAACCGCUGGGCCAUGGAGAUCGUCAGCAUCAACGAGAUGAAGUACUAUCAGGAUGACAUGCGCAACGUGAUCAUCAUGAUGGCCCGCGGCAUCGGGCUGUGUGGCGUGGACCUGCUGCUGGAGGACGACGGCUCGGAGGGCAUCUCCGCCUCGGAGGCAGUCAGCUUCCUGCGCAUACAGUACAACUUCAACAUGGGGUAUUGCAACAAGUACAAGAGUACGGCGUACGGAGUGCUGGUGGCUCUGGGCCUAGGGUUCCGUAUGUUGGCCUUCAUCUUCCUGCGCUUCAACACUGCCAAGCACCACUAGAUUUUCAGAAGCUGAAAGAGCUUGUUGCUACGGAAUUCGAUAGCCUCCGCAAAGGAAGGAGUUCGUGAAGCGUGUUGCCUGUGAAUGGUUGGGGUUAAGUGGCGCGGGUGAAAGGCCCUAUGCUCACAUGCUGCCAGCAGUGAGAAGCCUGUGUGGGCGACAUACAGACGGAGGCCAUUGAUAUUGAAAAUUGGUGCAUUUUACCACAUGCAAUCCCCAGACGCACGAACUGAUAGAACGUGUACUCGGCAUGGCCCCUGUGCAUGUGCAGGUCUAACUUUGUUGUUCACGUACAUACAAGUUUUAGUAGACCUAGCUCUCUAAAUAAACCUUUGAUCAGUGUGAUGUGGACGAUUGGACAGUCAGGUUAUACGUGCAGUGGAGCCCAGACAGGGCCGUGCUGUGCGUUGUUGAUACGUGAAUGCUGGAGUCCUUGGGAGUUCGCAUGGGCGCCUCUGCAGCGCUGAGAGCAAUGCGGGUCCCGUAGGAUUGAAGUUGCUAACAGGGCCCUGCUGGCUAUUGGGUUUCUUGGUUUACCAUCUUCGUUAUGGAUACUUACAGUUACAGUUCCUGGAUUGCCUUGGCGUAUGUAGACUGGUCUUCAACGCACAGAGCAAAAGUGGCCGCUUCGUGCGGGUAGCGCGCACCGUAUCGUAUGUAGCAGUAUGUCCAGUGGAUUAGACUGGCCUCGGAUCGGUCUUGUAGUAACGCACAUAGCAGUACUGUGCAGCAAUAUUUAGCCGACACUGUCACAUCAUUUUGAAGCCGAGGGGUAUGUGAAGCGGGUGCAACGCCGGUGUGUUAACUCGCAAAUGUCAUGAUGUCAAAAGGGCGCGAUGGGACAAGGCCAGUGGGAGGCCUCCUCCCCUGCUUGCGUCGGCGCACCGCUGAAGACUGAUCUGUGGCUGCAGCCUUCUGCUUCAGCUAGGUGACACGGGAUUACCGCCUUCACAAUACCGGGGGAGGGGGAGUCGCACAAGUCCACAGCAUGCCCACCAGCCUCACGGCGCUUCCGCGGGCAACUUGCCCGGAUGGUGGGGGGACCGAUUCCUAGCUAUGAUUAUCAUUGCCGUAAUCCCAUACUAUCGAUCAAUGCACUUCAUUCACGACGAGGAUAGGCGACAAGUGGAAAGAGGCUUCAAGAACAUGGGUUCGUGUCGGCGACACGCCCGACAGUCGUAUUACGAUGCACAUUA